GGGAAAUGGACUGUUGUAUACUGAACAAAGAGAGCUGGGGCUAUUACAGAAGGAAAAGAAAAAAUGGCCAAUUUAUGAUGAAAUGAGUCCAAGCAAGAGAGGCUACUUUACGCCACAAAGAAAAAGGUGCUGAAGGUUUAUCCAGAAUUCCUUUGUCAAUGAAGGGGAAAACUGCUUGGGAUAUUGACAAGCGGAGGUUGUAAUACUCUUCACCAUGCGCAAAGGGGUGCCAAAGGACCCAGAGAUAGCAGACCUGUUCUAUAAGGAAGAUCCUGAAGACAUUUUUGUUGGUUUACAUGAAAUUGGACAUGGAAGCUUUGGAGCAGUUUACUUUGCCACAAAUUCCCACACCAAUGAAGUGGUGGCAAUUAAGAAAAUGUCUUACACUGGGAAACAAACCAAUGAGAAAUGGCAGGAUAUUCUUAAGGAAGUCAAAUUUUUACGACAGUUGAAGCACCCCAACACCAUUGAGUAUAAAGGCUGCUAUUUGAAAGAGCACACUGCCUGGUUGGUGAUGGAAUAUUGUUUAGGAUCAGCCUCCGACUUAUUAGAAGUCCAUAAGAAACCACUUCAGGAAGUAGAGAUUGCUGCCAUUGCCCAUGGUGCCUUGCAAGGCCUUGCCUACCUGCAUGCUCAUAUGCUGAUUCAUAGGGACAUUAAAGCUGGAAACAUUCUCCUAACAGAGCCAGGUCAGGUGAAGCUAGCUGAUUUUGGGUCGGCCUCCAUAGCCUCUCCCGCCAACUCCUUUGUGGGGACACCUUACUGGAUGGCUCCAGAGGUCAUCCUAGCCAUGGACGAAGGACAGUACGACGGGAAAGUAGAUGUCUGGUCUCUUGGGAUCACGUGCAUUGAGUUAGCGGAACGGAAGCCCCCCCUUUUCAACAUGAACGCAAUGAGUGCCUUAUAUCACAUAGCCCAGAACGAUUCCCCGGUGUUACAGUCGAAAGAAUGGACAGACUCCUUUAGGGGAUUUGUCGAUUACUGCUUACAGAAAAUACCUCAGGAAAGGCCAACGUCAGUGGACCUAUUGCGGCAUGACUUCGUACGCCGGGAUCGGCCUCUACGGGUCCUCAUCGACCUCAUACAGAGGACAAAGGAUGCGGUUCGUGAGCUGGAUAACCUACAGUAUCGGAAAAUGAAGAAAAUCCUUUUCCAAGAGACACGGAAUGGGCCUUUGAACGAGUCCCAGGAGGAGGAAGAAGACAGUGAACAUGGGACAAGCCUGAGCAUAAAUAUGGACAGCCUGGGCAGCAACCACUCCAUUCCAAGCAUGUCUGUGAGCACGGGCAGUCAGAGCAGCAGUGUCAACAGCAUGCAGGAAGUCCUAGAUGAGAGCAGCUUGGAAGUGGGCAUGACACACGAUGAUGAAGGCAUCAUUAAUUCCGGCUCCUCCGUCGUGCACAAGAAGGAUCAUGUAUUCAUAAGGGAUGAGGUGGGCCACAGGGAUUCCAGGCCUGAACUGCGGCCUACCCAGUCAGUCCAGAGUCAGGCCCUCCACUACCGGAACCGAGAGCGCUUUGCUACUAUCAAAUCAGCAUCUUUGGUUACACGGCAGAUCCAUGAGCAUGAGCAGGAGAACGAGUUGCGGGAACAGAUGUCAGGAUAUAAGCGGAUGCGGCGCCAGCACCAGAAGCAGCUGAUUGCCCUGGAGAACAAGCUGAAGGCUGAGAUGGACGAGCACCGCCUGAAGCUGCAGAAGGAGGUGGAGACGCACGCCAACAACGCGUCCAUCGAGCUCGAGAAGCUGGCCAAGAAGCAAGUGGCCAUCAUAGAGAAGGAGGCAAAGGCGGCUGCAGCAGAUGAAAGAAAGUUCCAGCAACAGAUCUUGGCUCAGCAAAAGAAAGACUUGACAACUUUCUUAGAAAGUCAGAAGAAGCAGUAUAAGCUUUGCAAGGAAAAAAUAAAGGAGGAGAUGAAUGAAGACCACAGCACACCCAAGAAAGAGAAGCAAGAGCGCAUCUCCAAGCAUAAGGAGAACCUUCAGCACACCCAGGCCGAAGAGGAAGCCCACCUCCUCACCCAGCAGAGACUGUACUAUGAUAAGCACUGCCGUUCCUUCAAGCGGAAAGCGAUGCUCAAACGGCACGAGAUGGAGCAGCAGAACAUCCGGGAGGAGCUCAAUAAGAAGAGGACGCAGAAGGAGAUGGAGCACGCCAUGCUGAUCCGGCACGACGAGUCGACGCGGGAGCUGGAGUACAGGCAGCUGCACACGCUGCAGAAGCUACGAAUGGACCUGAUCCGCCUGCAGCACCAGACCGAGCUGGAGAACCAGCUGGAGUACAACAAGCGGCGGGAGCGCGAGCUGCACCGGAAACACGUCAUGGAGCUUCGGCAGCAGCCCAAGAACCUCAAGGCCAUGGAGAUGCAAAUCAAGAAGCAGUUUCAGGACACUUGCAAAGUCCAGACCAAACAGUAUAAAGCACUCAAGAAUCACCAGUUGGAAGUCACUCCAAAGAAUGAGCACAAAACAAUCUUGAAGACACUGAAGGAUGAGCAGACAAGGAAACUGGCCAUUUUGGCAGAACAGUAUGAGCAGAGUAUUAAUGAGAUGAUGGCCUCUCAAGCGGAUGGUGGUGGCAUCAUGUUCGCCAAAACUAAUGAUCCAACAUUCAUCCAUGGUCAUGGUUAUCUCGUUCAUACGAUGGGAGGCGGUGCCGGAAGGAGGCGUCCACCCGGCGCCCGCCCCGCGCCACGUGACGGGAAGCAGCUGUUGGCCGCUCCCGCGGAGGCGGGAGGGGCGGCGGGGCCGGGAGCGGAGGGGAACCGGCGGGCGGCCGCCGAGGGCCCGGCCGGGGACGCCGCAUCAUGA